ACACCAACAAUGAGGUUAUCUACAUCUGGACAGCAGAUGAUGAGAAAUCUGUUUCUGUGGCUCCUGAUGGCUCUAGACUCAACCAGUAUGACCUGUUGGGCCAUGUCAUUGGCAAAGAGACCAUCAGCUCCAGUACAGGAGAAUAUGUGGUGAUGACAACGUAUUUCCAUUUGAAACGGAAAAUUGGCUAUUUCGUGAUCCAGACGUAUCUCCCCUGCAUAAUGACCGUCAUUCUGUCUCAGGUCUCCUUCUGGUUGAACCGGGAGUCCGUUCCAGCACGUACCGUCUUCGGUGUCACAACUGUCCUGACCAUGACGACACUGAGCAUAAGCGCCCGGAACUCACUUCCCAAGGUGGCUUAUGCAACAGCUAUGGACUGGUUUAUGGCAGUGUGCUAUGCUUUUGUCUUCUCUGCUCUCAUUGAGUUUGCCACUGUCAACUACUUCACAAAGCGCAGCUGGGCCUGGGAUGGUCAGAAGGAGGCCCAGGAGAUGCGGAGGCGAGAGUCGGCUUCCUUCUCCAAGAAAACCAACAACACUUUCAACAUCGUGGGAACCACCUACAGCAUGAGCGUAGCCAAAGAUCCCGGACUGACAACCGUCUCCAAGAGUGCCACAUCCACGUCCACCCCAUCCCAGCCGGUCCGAGAGAUCCGGCUGCCCAAAAUGGAUGGGGAAUACGUGCCGGAGGGUGGGAGAAAGUCAUACAAUCGUGUCAGCAAAGUGGACAAGAUCUCUCGUAUCAUCUUUCCAGUGCUCUUCUUCAUCUUCAACCUGGCUUACUGGGCCACUUACGUCAACAGAAAGCCGACCAUCAACCGGUCCAGCCCACAGAAAUGAACAUGGAAACCAGAAACAAAUAAAUAAACUGCCAGUCCAGUCUUAAUCAGUAACAUGAUGCUACUGUGUUCAUUUUCAUUUUUUAAGCAACCAUGUAGAUUUUUUUGUUUGUUUGUUUUUUUUGUAUUUGCCAUUUCAUGUGUUGCAUGAGUAAAGUAUGACAGUAUUGCUGGUCUUGUACAGAUGGCCAUUAUUUACCCACUAAAUCCCUCCUCCACUCCUCACACUGUGUAUCAUCAGAAGAAAAACAUCAGUCACCAUUGGCUUUCAGUCGCCAUCGGCAAGAACCUGUAGCCUUUCAGCAGCCAGUAGCGAUGUCCCUAGGCGCAUCAUUACUAACUGUCUGUUCUUUGACUCUUUGCAAACCCAGAGUAUUAUAUCAGUAGUGUCAUCUAGAUAUGUGUUUACAUCCCCAUGGGUCUAUCAGUGCAUUUUUUGUCCAGUGACUCUUAUUGUUUAAACAGCAUGAGCAGGCUCCAAGAUAAAUAAACUGUGUGCCUUUUUAAUCACUCGCCGUAGAGAUGAAUAGUUUGGCACAUGCUGACAUUGUCUUCAAGCUUACGCCUGCCUAAAGAAAACGUCAGUGUUGAUUGAACUCUCACAGGAUGGUAUUAAGCUCAGAGCUGUCCUGCAUGUGAGUUGAUUUAGUGCUGACGGCUGACUGUAAGGCACUGGGCCAGACAACGGUUCUUUGUUUGAGGCCAGUAUGAGCAGUGUGCAUCAGACCCUCAUCUGAGGAUCUGAAAUGCUAUGAAACAUUUCAGCUGUGAAGAAUAUAAAGACUGGAUUUUAGAUUUGGGCCAGUGCCACACAGGAGGAACAUGCAUUUCCAUAACCUCACGCUGAAGUGUUGGUGGUUUUGGUAGAUCAUUACACUGGUGGCGUUUUUAUUAUUAUUUUUAUUAUUUAUUUAUUUUGUGUGUGUGUGUGUGUGU